CCUCUAAAAAGGCCUGCAGGGUGUGGGGGCGGUCGUGGAGGACCAGGAAGAGGAGGUGGAGGGGAAAGAGGAGGUGGAGGAGGCGGCCAAGGCGUUGGACCAGCAGUGUUGGCGAGGGGGACCAAGCCGCGAGAGGCAGCGUCUGGCGUCUCAGYGGUGCGCUCCCAGAGCCUGCAGGCGGGACCAGCGUGGGAACGCUGCUGGCCGGCGGUGGCGGUGUACCGCGUCCUCACCACCAUGGUCCGGCUCCUCUUGGUUUUCUUCCCAGCGAUCUUUUUGGAGAUGUUCCUGCUCCCCAAGAACCCAGGCAGACAAGUGUUGCUGGCGGGAGCCUCAUCGCAGCGCUCUGUGGCCAGAAUGGACGGAGAUGUCAUUAUUGGAGCCCUCUUUUCAGUCCAUCACCAGCCCCCCGCCGAGAAGGUGCCCGAAAGGAAGUGUGGGGAGAUCAGGGAGCAGUAUGGCAUCCAGAGGGUGGAGGCCAUGUUCCACACAUUGGAUAAGAUCAACGCGGACCCCGUUCUCCUGCCCAACAUCACCCUGGGCAGUGAGAUCAGGGACUCCUGCUGGCACUCUUCCGUGGCUCUGGAACAAAGCAUUGAGUUCAUCAGGGACUCUCUGAUUUCCAUUCGAGAUGAGAAGGAUGGGCUCAACCGGUGCCUGCCUGACGGCCAGACCCUCCCCCCAGGCAGGACUAAAAAGCCUAUUGCUGGAGUGAUCGGCCCGGGUUCCAGCUCAGUAGCCAUUCAAGUCCAGAACCUGCUCCAGCUGUUCGACAUUCCCCAGAUCGCCUAUUCUGCCACAAGCAUCGACCUGAGUGACAAAACUUUGUACAAAUACUUCCUGAGGGUUGUCCCUUCUGACACUUUGCAGGCAAGGGCGAUGCUUGACAUAGUCAAGCGUUACAAUUGGACCUAUGUUUCUGCCGUCCACACGGAAGGAAAUUACGGGGAGAGUGGAAUGGAUGCUUUCAAAGAGUUGGCUGCCCAGGAAGGCCUCUGCAUCGCCCAUUCAGACAAAAUCUACAGCAAUGCUGGUGAGAAGAGCUUUGACCGACUCUUGCGCAAGCUCCGAGAGCGGCUUCCCAAGGCUAGAGUGGUGGUGUGCUUCUGCGAGGGCAUGACUGUGCGAGGACUCCUAAGUGCCAUGCGGCGCCUCGGUGUUGUGGGCGAGUUCUCACUUAUUGGGAGUGAUGGAUGGGCAGACAGAGAUGAAGUCAUUGAAGGUUAUGAGGUGGAAGCCAACGGGGGAAUCACGAUAAAGCUGCAGUCUCCGGAGGUCAGGUCAUUUGAUGAUUAUUUCCUGAAACUGAGGCUGGACACUAAUAMGAGGAAUCCCUGGUUCCCUGAAUUCUGGCAACAUCGGUUCCAGUGCCGCCUACCAGGACACCUUCUGGAAAAUCCCAACUUUAAAAGAAUCUGCACAGGCAAUGAAAGCUUAGAAGAAAACUAUGUCCAGGACAGCAAGAUGGGGUUUGUCAUCAACGCCAUCUAUGCCAUGGCACAUGGGCUACAGAACAUGCACCAUGCCCUCUGCCCUGGCCACGUGGGACUCUGUGAUGCCAUGAAGCCCAUUGACGGCAGGAAACUCCUGGACUUCCUCAUCAAGUCCUCAUUCAUCGGCGUGUCUGGAGAGGAGGUGUGGUUUGAUGAGAAGGGAGAUGCUCCCGGAAGGUAUGAUAUCAUGAAUCUGCAGUACACUGAAGCUAAUCGCUAUGACUAUGUACAUGUUGGAACCUGGCAUGAAGGAGUGCUGAACAUCGAUGAUUACAAAAUCCAGAUGAAUAAGAGUGGAAUGGUACGGUCUGUGUGCAGUGAGCCUUGCUUAAAGGGUCAGAUAAAGGUCAUACGGAAAGGAGAAGUGAGCUGCUGCUGGAUUUGCACAGCCUGCAAGGAGAAUGAAUACGUGCAAGAUGAGUUUACCUGCAAAGCCUGUGACCUGGGGUGGUGGCCCAAUACAGAUCUAACAGGCUGUGAGCCCAUUCCUGUUCGCUAUCUUGAGUGGAGCAACAUAGAAUCCAUCAUAGCCAUCGUCUUUUCUUGCCUGGGCAUCCUCGUUACCCUGUUUGUCACUCUCAUCUUUGUGCUGUACCGAGACACACCUGUGGUCAAAUCCUCCAGUCGGGAGCUCUGCUACAUCAUCCUAGCUGGCAUCUUCCUGGGUUACGUGUGCCCUUUCACUCUCAUUGCCAAACCGACUACCACAUCCUGCUACCUCCAGCGCCUCCUGGUUGGCCUCUCCUCUGCCAUGUGCUACUCUGCUUUAGUGACCAAAACCAAUCGCAUUGCACGCAUCCUUGCUGGCAGCAAAAAGAAGAUCUGUACCCGCAAGCCCAGGUUCAUGAGUGCCUGGGCCCAAGUGAUCAUUGCCUCAAUUUUGAUUAGUGUGCAACUAACACUGGUGGUAACCUUGAUCAUCAUGGAGCCUCCCAUGCCCAUUUUGUCCUACCCAAGUAUCAAGGAAGUCUACCUUAUCUGCAAUACCAGCAACCUGGGUGUGGUGGCUCCUGUGGGCUACAACGGACUCCUCAUCAUGAGCUGUACCUACUAUGCCUUCAAGACCCGGAACGUGCCCGCCAACUUCAAUGAGGCCAAAUACAUCGCCUUCACCAUGUACACCACCUGCAUCAUCUGGCUGGCUUUUGUGCCCAUUUACUUUGGGAGCAACUACAAGAUCAUCACUACCUGCUUUGCAGUGAGCCUCAGUGUAACAGUGGCCCUGGGGUGCAUGUUCACUCCCAAGAUGUACAUCAUCAUUGCCAAACCUGAGAGGAAUGUCCGCAGUGCCUUCACCACCUCUGAUGUGGUCCGCAUGCAUGUGGGCGAUGGCAAGCUGCCCUGCCGCUCCAACACGUUCCUCAACAUUUUCCGAAGAAAGAAGCCAGGGGCAGGGAAUGCCAAUUCUAAUGGCAAGUCUGUGUCAUGGUCUGAACCAGGUGGAAGACAGGUGCCCAAGGGACAGCACAUGUGGCACCGCCUCUCUGUGCACGUGAAGACCAAUGAGACGGCCUGCAACCAAACGGCCGUCAUCAAGCCCCUCACUAAAAGUUACCAAGGCUCUGGCAAGAGCCUGACCUUUUCAGAUACCAGCACCAAGUCCCUUUACAACGUGGAAGAGGAGGAGGAUGCCCAGCCGGUUCGCUUUAGCCCUCCCAGCAGCCCUUCCAUGGUGGUGCACCGACGCGUGUCACCCGCGGUGACCACGCCUCCUCUGCCGCCCCACUUGACAGCGGAGGAGACCCCUCUCUUCCUGGCGGACCCGGCCAUUCCCAAGGGCUUGCCCCCUCCCCUCCAGCAGCAGCAGCAGCAGCAGCCACCGCAGCAACCACCGCAGCAGCAGAAACCCCUGAUGGACCAGCUACAGGGAGUGGUCAACAACUUUGGCGCGGGAAUCCCGGACUUCCAUGCGGUGCUGGCAGGCCCUGGGGGCCCGGGGAACGGGCUGCGGUCCCUGUACCCGCCCCCGCCACCCCCGCAGCACCUGCAGAUGCUGCCGCUGCAGCUGAGCACGUUCGGGGAAGAGCCCAUCUCCCCGCCCGCGGAGGACGAGGACGACAGCGAGAGGUUUAAGCUCCUCCAGGAGUACGUGUAUGAGCGCGAAGGGACCACGGAGGAAGACGAACUGGAAGAAGAAGAUGAGGACCUACAGGCGGCCAGCAAGCUGACCCCUGAGGCUUCUCCUGCCCUGACACCUCCGUCGCCUUUCCGAGACUCGGUGGCCUCAGGCAGCUCAGUGCCCAGCUCCCCAGUGUCUGAGUCGGUGCUCUGCACCCCUCCCAAUGUGUCCUAUGCCUCUGUCAUCCUGAGGGACUACAAGCAAAGCUCUUCCACCCUGUAGGGAGGAGGCCUCCGAAUGGAGAAGCAGGAUAAGCCAGAGAGCUCCAACCCCUCCAGGGAUGUGCAAAAGCCAGGAGGAGAAGAGGGUGGGGGCAAAUGGGGAGGAGAGGAAGAGGAAGCUGCUGCUGCUGCCUUAAGGGAGGAGAGAGGGAAAGAUAGCAAGCAAACAGUGAGCCAGGCCAGGAUUCUGAUUCUUGAGUUAUUCAAAGCCUUCUCUAGGAAGAAAGGGAAUUC